GAUGGUACAUUGGGACUGCAGUUGGGGUAAGGAAGACGAUUCAAAUCUUCUCAAGGGUAUAUAUGAGUAUGGUAUGGGAAACUGGGAACAAAUCAAGAUGGACCAAGAGCUUGGCUUGUAUGAUAAGAUUUUACCAGAUGGGGAUAAAAAACCUCAGGUUAAACAGUUACAAACACGAGCUGAUUAUCUCCUUCGAAAUUUAAAAAAACAUUUAGAUGGUGGGGGAGGAAAUAAACAAUGAGAAAAAAAAUAAAGGUAAAGCUGAAAGAUUUAAAUUGUAUAAAUGGAAUAAAAUCAUAAAAGGGCCAAAAAUAAUUUAAUUAUACAAUGCCGACGAUAUGCACAACUCGACAUACUAGAAUUUAUCAUUCCUUAGAUGGACUUGCACCAGGAGUUUUUGAGGAGGAGUCCGGUAUUAACAGCUAGGCCAAACUUCACAGGAAGGGUCCUUUGGUAGUGAACUUUAAAACUUGUUCAAAGAAUUUCAGUAAAUGCAGAACUUUGGUUGCCUCAUGGCAACCAAAAGAAAAAACUUAAAAAAUCUUCUUUAAAAAGAAGAAAAGAGCUAGAGCUUAAAAUAUUUGGCAUGAAACAUCAUCUAGUCAGUGUCAUCCAAAUUUGUUCAAAUAAAAGCCCUGGGGUCAAAAUUCGCCCACCCUGGGGGCUCGUUUCCUUAUAUGUAUAUAGUAAAAACUUAAAAAAUCUUCUUUUAAAAACUUCAAAUAGCUAGAGCUUAAGUAACAUUUUAGGCA